UUCGAGACGCCAUCUGCCCUCCCCGAGUGAUCGCGUCACUUUCCCGACCUUCCGACUCGUCAUCCCCUUCUGACACGACCCUCCCUCAAAUUAACACAUAAUGGAUCACACUCGGGAUCCCUGCCCCUGGGUCGCGUUGAGCGAUUUCGGUGGUGCUUUCUGCAUGGGUGCUAUUGGUGGUGCUGUCUGGCAUGGUGUUAAGGGUUUCCGUAACAGCCCCUAUGGUGAGCGCCGGAUAGGUGCACUCACUGCCAUCAAGGCUCGCGCGCCUGUGCUCGGUGGAAACUUUGGUGUUUGGGGUGGUUUGUUCUCAACAUUCGACUGUGCUAUUAAGGGUAUCCGAAAGAAGGAGGAUCCCUGGAACGCCAUUACCGCCGGUUUCUUCACCGGUGGUGCCCUCGCCGUUCGUGGUGGUGUCAAGGCCGCCCGUAACUCCGCUAUCAUGUGUGCCGUCUUCCUUGCAGUUAUUGAGGGUGUCGGAAUUGGUUUCCAGCGAAUGAUGGCCGACAACACAAAGCUCGAGCUCCCUCCUCCUCCUCCCUCUGAGCAGAAGGCUCUUGCUUAAAUCACCCCUGUCAUCAAUACGAUCGAUUCAUACUCCUCGGUGGCCGAUGGCCCCUACUUCUCUUCGAUAUCUGUCUUCAUAACAUCCCCACAUUGAGUCUCUCUUCUCAGGUGUUCGGUUCUGCUCAUCAUUUUUAAACGACAUGGCAUAGAGUUCCUGUUUUCGUUUUCCUUUACGCUUUUUAUACCGCCUUCCCGGCUUGUGUUUCGGAGCAAUGUGUUUCUGUGGACGGCGGGUUUAUCCACAUGGCUGGUUCCUGAGACCGGCGUAUGUGUUCGUUUCGUGGCCGGGUGGCCCACCCAAAAGAAUAUCUCUGCUCAUCUGAUGCAAAAAGCGGUUUGGAGAUGGGUCCGUGGUGGAUUCUUGUACAUUAACGCAUCGCUAACAGCAUAAUACACUUUUACUCUGCAUAUAUUAAUUCCGGCUUCGAUAGCUUU